UCAUACAGUUCCCACAUUCAGCGCUUGUCUAACCUGGACUCGAGUUGGGUGACCAGUCAGAGCAAUGGGUUGGCCGCGCAUAACAACCCUCAAUGGUUACAACUAUAUCUGGCGGCCUGUAAGCUGUUAGACAUCGCCAUUGCGAUGCCGGCCGACUCACUGCCGCAGUUCCAGAUGUAUCGGUGGGCGUUCGUCGGCGGCAUCAAAGACCCCAACUCUAUGUCCAACGGAGUGAACCGCAGUUCCCUUCACCCGAACCCCAACAACAACCCCACGUACCCGCCCUUUGAGCCACACGUCGUCCGCAUCAAUAAUCUGAUGAAUUCUAAGAACCAAGAAGUGGAAGCACUUCCCUAUAGAGCCAAAUACCCUCUCAUUACGAAGACAUCGAUUAAGAGUUUAUCAGAAUUGCACCCAUUUUUCCAUACAUUACUCAAAUCAAGUCUACAAACGAGUCAAUCGUCAAAUCAAAGCCAUUCAUCGAAAGACACAUCAAUGACGAGCACAUCCAUGGAUGCGGCGCUCGCUUUCAUCGAUAAAAUAGUUGAAAUCGAUUUUCUCGACUCUAUUCCUAUCGUAUGAAUCGAGGAUUGAUUCACACAUUCCAGAAGUGCCUCUAAAUUGUAAACAAAUCAUUGGAUUAUAUAUUUUAACAAAAGAAAAACUGUUAAGAAAAUCAUAUUUAAAUUUUUUGGAUGAAAACAAUUUAUCGGAAGCGUUGGGUAAUCGCCACAAAACUAUAGUUAAUAUUUUCAAAAUACACAAAAUCUAUACAUAAAUUAAAAAUAUUUAAUCUAUAAAUACAUUUUAAAGUAUAUUAUAAAUAUAGUAUAUAAUAUGGAGC